GUAUUAUAAUGUAUGUCUUGUGACAACAAUGAAAUAUAGAAAACUAAUGAUUAAUAUCAUGAGAGACCCAAAAAAUUGAUUGGUGGUGCUUUGCUGUAUUUUUAGCUCAGUAGGGCCAAAUUUUGUAAAACAAAGAUGAGAGAAGUAGGUAUUGCCAAGCCCGUUAAGAUAAAAGAUUGAUGUUGGCCCAUCAAUCCUUAACCUUUCAUGCCACCACUCUAUGUCCGAUAUGUCAAAAGAUAUAAACUAUCUACCAGCAAGAAACAUAAAGACCCACAAAUAAUUUAGUGAAAAUAACAUUUACACUACACUAAACCGGCCCAACAAAAUGCCCUUUUUCAAAAAAACAAAAACAAAAUGGACAUAUUCACCAAAUCAUGUAAUUUAAGACUAGCCAGGAAUUAAGAAAGUUAAGCCUUUUUCUAAACAUUUUUGUUUUGCUGAAGCCUUUUAAAAUUUUAAUUUAUUUCAUGCUGAAUACCAGUUGAUUUUUAUUUUUUACCAGUGGACGGCAGAUAAAAUGUACUACCUCCAUUUUAAAAUGUAAUAUGUUUAAAAAACAAAAUGUUUCUAAAUAUAAGAUGUUUUCAAUAAUUUAGGAAACUUUCAACUUCAUUAAAAACUGUACACCCAAUUAUAUUUUAUAGUGUAUUUUAUAAUUGGAUAGCCUAAUUUAAUAUCUGUUUCUGAAGAGAGAGAGUAUCUGUUUAUUGAAAUUUUAUCAUUAUUUUCUUUCUGAAUGUAGUAUUAGUGGUAUAAUUAUUUAAUUUAAUUACUCAAAUUUUAAUUAUUUGUAAAGUUGGUCAACUCUAAAAGACCCACGUCUCAUAGAUAAGGCACCUGAUCUGGUUGUGAUUAGGUCUGAAACUUUUAUCCGAGAUCCGGAUUCGGUCCGAGAUCCAGAUUCGAUCCGAGAUUCAAUCCGAAUCCGAUCCGAAAAUCCGGAUAUCCGGAGAGGCCGAAUUCGGAUAGUAAAAUGUUGGAUUCGUCAAAUCCGGAUCCGAAUCUAGAUAUCUUAUUUUUUUAAUCCGGAUAACUGGAUCCAUAAAUUUUAUUAAUAAGUAUUUCAAAAAUAUUAAUAUCUAUAUAUAAAAAUUAAUUUUAUUGAAUAUGUUUUUGUUUUUAUAAUAGUAUAUAUAAAUUUUAUGUAAAUUUUGUAACAUUACACAUAAAAAUAAUUAAAACAUUAUAUAUAUAUAAAUUAUUGUUAAUAUUUUAUAUAUAUUAUAUUAUUAUUUAUUUAUUUUAAAAAUCAAAAUCUGGAUCCGGAUAUCUGCUGGAUAUUACAAUUUUCAGAAGGACACUCGGAUAUCCAAAAACGCUGGAUCCAAAUAAGAAUAGUAAAAUUAUGGAUCCACCGGAUAAGGAUUCGGAUCCGAAUACCUUAAAAUUAUCCGGAUACCUGAUCCGUCCGAGGUCUGGUUGUGAUAUGCGAAAAAUUGUCCAACGUUGAAAUUCGGAUCACCGUCCCUUGAAAUCGACUUCGCAGAUCAAAUACUGACACUUGGCUUUCUAAAAGGUUAUCUAUAUCUAAUUUACUCGAAUUUUAAAGUAAACUUUUCCUAACUACAGCCCACGAUUAAUUAUUUCUGGAUAUUUCUUUUUGAUGACUUGUGGUUUGCAACCAGCGGUAUAAACAAUAACCAUGUUUAUAUUUAUUUAUUACGCUAAAUACAAAUGAAAUGCCAUACAUACUUACAAGUAAAAGAUACGGGUUUCAACUUCCGCGUAACAUUAUAAAUAAAUUUAUAGGGAAAACAAUCCAUUUUGCAUUUGAAGUUCAAAUAGUCUUCACUCACUAUUUUUGUCUAGAGAAAGUAGUAAUUUUUUUUUAUCAACUGGUUACUUUCAUUAAAAUAAAUCAAAACAUAGAAUUAUGGCCUCGGGCCCAAAUAAGAAACAAGACAUGAUUUAGCUAAAUAAUCCGCUGGCCCAUUACAAGCCCGCGGGGUGAAGGUGAAGGAGCAUGAGUGGAAGGGGGAGGAGGCGGAGAACGCCAGCGAGUCGAUGUCCGAUAAAAUUCCAUAGAGUUCCGUCGAUCGUCUUCUCGUGGUGAUAGCUCUGACGAGCACUUGAGAAUCUGUGCGUAGACAGAUGUUGGUGAACUGGAGGGAUGAGGCCUGGAUUAGCGCCUCUCUGAUUGCUAGGGCCUCAGCCAUGCAGGCGGAGGAGAAGUUUGCUUGGGGCGUGGAUGCUCUGUGAAGUUCCUGGUCGUUCGGUCCGUAAAGAUCCAACUCAAACCGGCUGCUUUUCGGUCUGAUCGCCAUGCGGCGUCUGUGUUUCCAAAAUAAUUAAAUUAUAUUACUACUUAAGUUGUUUUUAUUACAUAUACACGCAUAAUGAGUUUAACAGUUGAUUUGAUAGUAUAUAACCUAGUUUCCCUCAUAACUGGUCGUAUCAGUAAAUCAACAAGGCCAAAAUCAGAUUAUAUUUAUAAUACAUUAACAAAUAUUUCCACUUUAGCAUGUUAAAUUAUCCACAAAAUUAUCGUAUAAAAAUGUGCCGUACCUUGAAUAAAAACAGUAUAUAUUAUUUCAAGUCAAACAGCUGAAGACAUGAUCAAUCAUAAAAAUCGAGCUUAAAAUAUGUUUGUAAUUUGCACGGAUAAGAUUUUGGAAAACGACAUUAUACAUUUGAAAUACAAACAUUGUGAAGAUAAGAACUUGAUGAGCAAGUCUUAGCAAUAUUCAAAUGCUAACCAAAGAAUAACUCAGGUUAAAGUAAGGUUUACUUGGGGUUGAGUUAGCAGACUUUGGACCAAAGAGAAGGCUCACUAUUGGUGUAUAGGUCUGAGCACAAAGCAGGACCGUUUGUCUCUAUGCGUUUGGCCAAGACCAAGGUUGCUUCAUCCAUAAAUAGAAACAUUGGUCCAGAGAGAGAAAGUAGAGUAGAAGCGAGAGUGUGUGAGCACACAAGAAGCAUUGUAAGGGUGAGAGAAACAAGAUGUAAAGGCGUAAGCCUUGGGUAGUUUCUAAGGGGUUUUACAGAGUGGUUUCCUUAGCCAUUCUUAGGAGAAUCACUUGUAACCUCUUGUAAUCCCUUUGUUCUAGUGGAUUCCGAGCAUAGUCUCGGCGAGAUGUAGCGAUCCUCGUUAAUGGGCGUGAAAUCGUUAAAUGUCUGUGUGUUUUCCUUCUCUUAACUCUCACACUCUCUUAUCCAAAGCUCUCUCUGUUUCAUUCAUCUCAACAUAAAUCUGUUCUGUAUCUUUAAGUUAACACAACUAGAGUCUUGUCUGUUGAAGGAAAUCUUAACAAACAUAUUUUCAUACUGUUCUACCGGGGUGUAUUAGUUGAAUGUUACAAUAGUUACCCGAAUAGUUUCACGAUUACCAACGUAAGACAUGAACAUAUUCAUCGGUCAAAACGGAUAUAUGUAAUAUGCAAAUUGAUCUACGGUAGAUCAUCUACCAUGUGCAAGCACAAGUUAACUAUGUGGAUAAACCAACGCAACGUCUAGUCAUCUUACCAUAGUAGACUAAUAGUAUAUAGUAGUUGUAAACAACUGUCUUAUCUACAUUCUACAAUCAUGUAUACACAUUGCUACAUGUGUAACGUGAUAAUCAUCAUUUAACUAAGUCAAACCACGUUUAGGCAAGUUAAUUGAGACGCGUUUUCUGAUAGUCAAAGGAAGCCUAUAAAACGGCUUCUUCUUCUUUUCCAUCAUCACCCAUUAAUCUCUUCUCCUUUCAGACAAAUCUUGUUUUUUGUUUUUGUUUUGUUAUAUAUUCUUAUUCUUCCACAAAGAAGAAGACAUUCCGGUAUUUACAUUUUCUUCAUAACUCUUUUUAAAUUCAUAUACGUUUAUAUAUUUGUGUGUGUGUGUGUAAAAAUUGUGUAAUAUUUGUGUGUGAGCUAAUUGUAUAUAUUGAUAUAUUCAUCCCCACGUUAGCGGACAUGGCGGGAAACGGAAACACUGACGGAGAAUUCAGUUUCUCGGCUGCGGCUGCGCGUGAUGCGCUUCCUCGGAUCACCACGGAGAAGGGAGCCAAGUCUACGACGUCGAGUGACGUGUGCCACGACGACACCGCGUCACGAGGCAACUUUCAGACCAUCGAUCAGCUCCACAGUCUCCAGAAGAAACGAUCUGCACCGACCACUCCUCUCAAAGAAGGAGGUGGCGUAGUGAUGGGAACCAGUGGCCCUACCACUCCUGUCUCCGGUGAGAGUAUGCUUCAAUCAGUCAGUGCAUCGUUGGCUUCGUUGACGAGAGAGACAGGACCGAAGGUAAUCAGAGGAGAUCCGACGUCGGCGGCUAAAGUGGCACACGUGCCACAAACUCCUACGUCAGUUCCGGCUGCUGACGUCAGCGACAGUUCUCUGAAAUUCACUCACGUCCUUCACAAUCUCUCUCCCGCAGGUAACCAUCCAAAACGCAACCCAUCUUCAUUAACAAGAUUUGAUUACAUAUUUUACAAAACAAAACGUCACAUUUUGAAUUUUAUGGUUGCAGAAUUGUACGAGCAGGCCAUAAAAUAUGAGAAAGGAUCGUUCGUGACUUCCACCGGUGCGUUGGCCACUUUGUCGGGAGCCAAAACUGGUCGGUCUCCUAAAGACAAGCGUGUAGUUAAGGAUGAGACAACUGCGUCCGAGCUCUGGUGGGGAAAAGGCUCACCAAAUAUCGAAAUGGAUGAACAAAGUUUUUUGGUGAACCGAGAAAGAGCUGUUGAUUACUUGAACUCUUUGGACAAGGUGUUUGUGAAUGAUCAAUACCUAAACUGGGACCCAGAGAACAAAAUCAAAGUCAGAAUAGUAUCAGCAAGAGCUUACCAUUCACUUUUCAUGCACAACAUGUGUAUCCGUCCAACACCCGAAGAGCUAGAGAAUUUCGGGACACCUGAUUUCACGAUCUACAACGCUGGAAAAUUCCCAUGUAACCGUUUCACUCACUACAUGACAUCAUCGACAAGUGUCGACAUAAACCUAGGAAGAAGAGAGAUGGUGAUUCUAGGGACACAAUAUGCUGGAGAAAUGAAGAAAGGACUCUUCGGUGUGAUGCAUUAUCUGAUGCCUAAGAGAAAGAUUUUGUCUCUUCACUCCGGUUGUAACAUGGGAAAAGAUGGAGAUGUUGCUCUCUUUUUCGGUUUAUCUGGAACCGGAAAGACUACAUUGUCUACCGAUCAUAACCGAUAUUUGAUUGGAGAUGAUGAGCACUGUUGGAGUGAGAGUGGAGUCUCGAAUAUUGAAGGUGGUUGUUACGCGAAAUGCAUUGAUUUAUCGAGGGAGAAAGAACCUGAUAUCUGGAACGCUAUCAAAUUUGGAACUGUUUUGGAGAAUGUUGUGUUUGAUGAGCAUACAAGAGAAGUGGAUUAUACAGACAAAUCAGUGACGGAGAACACACGUGCGGCUUAUCCUAUUGAGUAUAUCCCUAACUCAAAGAUACCGUGCGUUGGACCACACCCUAAGAACGUGAUCCUAUUGGCUUGUGAUGCUUUUGGUGUGCUGCCGCCAGUCAGCAAGCUGGAUCUUGCUCAGACUAUGUAUCAUUUCAUCAGUGGAUACACUGCUCUCGUUGCAGGAACAGAGGAAGGAGUUAAGGAGCCAAGAGCGACUUUCUCGGCUUGUUUUGGUGCUGCUUUCAUUAUGCUUCACCCAACCAAAUAUGCAGCUAUGUUAGCCGAGAAAAUGCAAGCUCAAGGAGCCACCGGUUGGCUUGUUAACACCGGCUGGUCUGGUGGAAGCUAUGGAUCUGGAAGUCGCAUCAAGUUGGCGUAUACAAGAAAGAUUAUUGAUGCUAUACAUUCGGGUAGUCUCUUGAAUGCAACUUAUCAGAAAACUGAGAUUUUUGGUUUGGAGAUUCCAAAUGAAGUUGAAGGAGUGCCUUCUGAGAUUUUGGAGCCUAUGAAUGCAUGGGAAGACAAAGUGGCUUAUAAGGACACAUUGUUGAAGUUGGCUGGUUUGUUUAGAAACAAUUUUGAGACAUUCACAAGUCAUAAGAUCGGAGAAGAUGGAAAGUUGACUGAAGAGAUUCUUGCAGCUGGUCCAAACUUCUAAAGUGAUGAAGAUUAUGAUGAUGAACCAACAAUGUUUUCAAAAAGUACAACAACAUAUAAAAAAAAUAAAGUGAAUAAAGGAGAGAGUCGACGAAUUUCAAGAAAACUCCAUUUGAUUAUCAAUCAUAUAUUUUUCCAAUUGAAGUGAGAACUAUAAUUAUUAUUUUCUUUUCAUGAAUGUUUGUUUACUCACAAAAUAAGUUUACAUGAUUUGUUCAACCAAA